AUGUCUACUCGAACAUCAUCCCGUCAAGCAGCCCAAAAGGCGAAAGAGGCUAUAGCGAGCACCAGCGAGGUAAAGGAAACUGGAUCUAAGCGCAAGGGACCAGUGCAGAAGGCCCCGGCACCCAAGCGAGAGAAGAAAGAGACCAAAUUGCCCGAAACAAGCGAAACCAAAGCUCCGGAGCCAGCCAAAGCUGCAGAGCCCGCCAAAGCUGCAGAGCCCGCCAACGCUGCAGAGCCCGUCACGGAAGGCGCCAAGGAGGAAGCCAAGCCAGCAUUGGAAAAGAAGGACUUACCGGAUGGACCGGCCAAGGACAAUCAAACCACCGAGGCUGGGGUUCGAACGUCCCAGGAAAGAGAGAAUGUCGUGUCAUCCAACAUCCUCGAGAAAGGCAUCAUCUAUUUCUUCUUCCGUCCUCGAGUGAAUGUGGAAGAUCCCCACGGUGUGGGUGAUGUUGCCCGAAGCUUCUUUGUGCUUCGACCUACCCCUAAGGGUGCAGAGCUGGAUCACAACCAAGGACCCGUCGACCGGGAUGCUAGAUGCCGCUUGAUGCUUCUCCCGAAGAAGAAGUUCCCGACUUCAGCCAAGGAGAGAGACAUGGGCUUUGUAGAGAAGGCCGGACAGACCAUGCAGCAAUUGCAGGAGAAGUUUAUCGCUGGAGAAAAGUAUCAGACUUCCACCCAGGGUGAACGCACUGUGCAGGAAGCGAGGCCCUAUGCAGAGGGUGUCUAUGCGAUCACCUCUACGCGCAAAGCAUCCCAUCUGGCCUAUAUCUUGACCAUACCUGCUGAACUGGGCGAGAUCCAGGAAAACUUCGGCUUACGCAGCAAGGGAAGCUGGAUCGUCCAGUCCAAGAAUCCGAAGUUCCCCGGCCCAUCUUUUGCUCAGCUGCCCAAGGAACCAGAGUACCCUGAACCGAUUCGCGAAAAGUUCGGCGAUCUACGAUGGAUCCCCCUCGAGCCGGAGUUCCUUGACUAUCCUAAUGCCCAAUUCCUUAUGAUUGGUGAGGCCCAGAAUGAACUUGGGAAGGCCGCGGUCUCAGAAGGGCUCAAGGAGCCGCACCAGCAGGAGCCUGGGCAGGAAGUAGAGAAACUGGAGCAGGAAAAUGAAAAUCGGGUCGAGUCGCUGCAGGGAGACCAAACCAUCUACCAGGACCUUGGCCUGGAAGCUCAAAAGUAUCCUUCGUUCAAAACCACUUGGACCAGCACUUCCUCUUAA